GACUUGUGGUGACGUAAGCAUAAAUUAUCAUAAGUGGUACUGCUGGAGUUGUGAUACUGGCGCUACCAUAAUUAUUAUGGCAUGUAUGGCCUUCAAAAUGGAUCAGUUAGAGGACGUCUUUUCAGAAUCGUUAUGUGUUGAGAGAAGAAUUAACGAUACUGCAGCUCCACAUCCUAGAUUGUCGCAGUUUAAGCAAAGAGGUGGCCAGUCAUCGGAGGAUAGGCGGCUUAACAAAUUAGACGCACAGAAAAAAAAUAGGUUAGACUAUGUCAACAAAGCCCGCUGCCUGGCAGAAGAGGAUUGGAGUAAUUAUGAAGAAAAUGAAGAUGAAGAGGACAUGGACAGUGGUAGCUGCAGUAAAGAUGCAAGGCACAAGAAUAGAAGACCUCGGUAUUACAGGAAUCAGUUGAUGUUAUCUGAGUGGCUAGUUGACGUUCCACCCAACCUAGCAAUGGACUGGCUGAUGGUACCUUGUCCAGUGGGAAGGAGAAAUUUAAUUGUUGCAGCAAAGGGAAAGACUUCAAGUUACAGCAAGAGUGGGUACCGACUAUCAGUGUUUCCUUCCUUGCUGCCCGGUGGAUGUAGAAAGCAUAAGCACAAUAACACAGACUACAGUCUUUUAGACUGCGUGUUCCAUGAAGCUACUCAGACAUUCUACGUCCUAGACAUCAUGUGCUGGAGAGGUCAUCCUGUCUAUGACAGUGACACAGAAUUCCGAUUCUAUUGGCUCCAAACCAAACUCUCAGAAGCACCUGAACUUGCAGUGCAAAGCAGUAUAAACCCAUACAGAUUUCUUGCCUUGCCAAGCUACCCUUGUAACCCAAGUGCAAUAGAAAACACCAUGGCAAAACCACCACCAUUUGAAGCUGAGUUGGAUGGUCUUCUGUUCUAUCACAAGAAGACUCACUACACCACAGGGAGUACUCCACUAGUCGGAUGGCUGAAGCCCUGGAUGCUCCCAGACAUGCUUGGGGUACCUGUCCCUGAUUCCAUCAUGGCUUCCAAACCUCAUGGUGCAGAUCUGAAACCCCCUGACCCAUCAAUGGAUGCGGCAAACACAGUCAAUAUAGAUGCUGAAGCAGGAGAUACCAAGUGUGCGGCAGGGGGUAGGGAUGAGAGGAUCAAGACACUUGAUAGCUGAUCCUGGUUCUGCCCCUCCAUGCAAGACUAUAAAUGCAGUAAUGACCAGGACAUUACAAAGGGAAUCGGACCCUAAGCGAUGAAUAACACAGUGAAUAAUGCAGUGAUGGCUAUGGUAUAAAAGUGUGCCUGAAAGACUUAGCAGUGUAGAGGUUAUGACUAUACAUGCAGAACAAUAAUUUAUUGGUUGUCGGACAAAUUUGGAUAUGAGGCAUAGCCGAUUGUGCUCCAUUAUUGAUACUCAUUAUAAACAAUAUAAAAAUGACAAUGGAAGAAAGUUGUUGCUUCUUCUGUCAGUAGUUAUGUGCAUAGCUAUGGUGCUCUCAUCCAGAAACCUGAAUCUGUAUCUUGUCAUAAGCAUUAAAGAGGUGGUGGAAUGCUCGAAGACAUUUCCGUCAUUUUUCGGGUA